AUGAAACGUGAGCACACACCAAAUAACAACGAGUUAGGGAAAGACACAACAAAAAGGGGAAAUGAACUCGGGAAGAAGCAAAAGGGAUGUGAAAAACAGGGGGAGUACAUCCAUCUUCAUCUGAUAAAAGAGAAAAAAAAAAAAAAAAAAAAAAGAAAAAAGGAAAUAAGCACAAAGAAUAGCAUUGUUAGUGUCCUCCUCCCCCCUGAAACAAAAUUGUCUGCGAGGAGCAACAGCCAAGCUUCAAAUGAGGGUCCAACUGGUUCUCCCUUGGGGAAAAGGGACCAGCAUAGUAGAAGGGGGGAAAAUGAAAAAGAAAACAGCAAGAACGAGCAAAGCAGCAAGAACGAGCAAAACAGUAAAAAGAAAGAAGAAAAAUUAUUUAUAAGGUACAGGGAGAAAAAAAAUAAAAAAAGUCCUGAUCUCAUAGGUGAUCGAAAAAAUGGGAAAAAGAGCUUGGACAUGACACCAAAAAAACGAGUCAAAGGGAAAAAGGGAAAAAAGAAGCAACAAAACAUUAAAAAUGAAAACUCGUCUAAUCAGAUAAAAUCCAUAAAAGGAAAAAGGGACAGAGAGUAUUCGGCAAAGAAAAGGAAUUUCAUAACAAUUCAAUCCAACCUAUUGAGCUUGGCUUCUUCAAAAAAAGGAGCAGAAGGAAAAGGAGAAGACAACGAAGAAGCAACAGCAGCAGCAGUAGGAGGAGUAGGAGUUUGUGGGGGGAAGAGUAACAGCACCAUCUUAAAUGCUGAUCCAUCAAAGAGUACCGAUAAAAGUCACAUAGAAAUAAAUGGCAUACGUCUUGACAGUCUUGAAAGUUCCAUUUUACAUCUGAGUCAAAGUGCAAAAUGGGAAAACGAGAAGGAAUCCCAUGACCUAAGCAUUAGCCGGACUACCAGUCGCGCUAGCAAUGGAAGCAACAUUCGGCAUGCUGAUCGAGACGAUAGUUAUGGAAAUAGACACUCAAGUAGACAAGAAUAUGACUAUCCGAUUAUCCAUUCAAGCAAACACACAAGUAUAUGUGAAAAUGGGCACCCAGAUAAUCACUCAGUAGAUCACUCGGCUAGCCAUUCAGUAGAUCACUCGGCUUGCCAUUCAGUAGAUCACUCGGCUUGCCAUUCAGUAGGUCACUGGGCUAGCCAUUCAGUGGGGCACUCGGCUAGCCAUUCCGUAGUUUACUCGGCUAGUCAAUUCAUUGGUCAUUCAAUUAGCCGUUCAAGUAGCCCACCAGUUUGCCAUUCGAUAAGCAACACGAAUGGUCUCCCAAUUGAACAGGGGAUCAACCAUACCGAUGGACAGGCACAAGAACAUAGGAAUAUUGAUAUAAAUGUUGACAUGCAUGCUGAUAGAAAUGUAGACAAUCAGGUUCAUAGCAAUGUAGGUAAUAGUGGAAAUUAUGGGAAAAGUUUGUUUUGUGAACUUACAGAAGCACUGAGGAAUGAUUCUAUACAGGAAGAUGGAAAGAGCAAUAUAAACAUUCGUCUCAAAGCCGAAGAAGAAGAAAAUUUUAAAAUAAACAUGAAAAAAUUAAUUGUGAGUAAGUUGAGUAAUGAAAAAAAAAACUCGAGUAAAUCUAUAGAUUUAAUUAACUUAUCAAAAGAUUUUAAAAAUAAAUUUAAAAAAAGUACUGAACUGAAAAAAACAAAGGGAACACAUGUUAUGCCAAUUUUGAGCAACUCUAAGAGGAAAAGACAACAAGGAACUAACCUUCGUGUUAAUGGGAAGAGGAAAAAACUUUUAAUCCGUACAGGUAGCGGGCAUAAGAAUAGUAACACCAACAGCAACACCAACAGCAACACCAACAGCAACACCAACAGCAACAGCAACACCAACAGCAACAGCAACACCAACAACAACAGCAUUAUAAAGGAGAAGAAACGGAAAGUAGACGAGGAGCGAUACACAAGCAUUAAGCUCACUGAACCACAUCAGAUGAAGAAGUCAAACAGAAUGGCCAAAACGAGGAAGGCGAAUAGGCCCAUAGGUACAAGGGUAAUGAUGAAAGAGGAGGGUGUAAAAAAAGUAGAGAAGCGGAAAGAAGGGGGAAGUGCACCGAUACGGAGAGAAGAGGCGAACGUAUCAAAACUAGUGGAAGGCUUAAAGAAAGAAAAAGGAAUGGAACACACGAAGAGAAUGAAGAAAUCGAAAGAAACGGAAAAGGUGAAAAGAAGAAUGAAGAAAGCGAAAGGAGCAGAAGGAAUCAAAAUAGAGGGGGAACAGUUUGCCAAAAAGAGGGGUGUAAAAAUGGAAAAAGUGAAAAAAACAAGUAGAGAAGAUGAAAAAAAAGAAGAGGUAAGAAAAAUUGUCAUGAUAGAACAUAAAGAAGGGGAAGAAGAAAAAAAGAUGAAGGUAAUAGAGGAAGAUAAGGAAGAAAAACAUGACCAAGUAGGGAUAGAAGAGAUGAAAGAGACGGAAAAGGAUGAGGAAAUGGUUCAGGGAAAUGAUAUUGAAGGAGAAGUGGUGGAGACACAAGGGGUGGUGGAAAAAACAGUUAUGUUACACAGACAGGUAGGGAUAGAAAAAUCGGAUUUAAUGGAGAGACACUUAGUAAUGGAAGAAUCCAACGAAGAAUCCGUUUUGGAAGACGAUAGAAAAGUCGAAAAAGGAAUCCAAAUGGAAGAAGAGAAGAAGGAACCACAAGCAAAUGAGCAAAUUGCAGACGUAGGUGUAUGUGGUGCAGAAGAACAGAUCAAUGAGAAUGAAAAACAGUGUAUGGAAGAAUGUAAAGAAGAGGAAGGAGGAGAGGAUAAAAUAGACGAAAAGGAAAAGGUAAACACAAAGAAAAAAAUAAAAACGAAAUCCAAGAUUAAAGUAAGACAGAAGCAAAAGUUGAUAAAAGGAGUGAGGGAAACUGGUGACGAAGAUGAAGCAGAAGAAGAAAAAAUAAAUUUCAUUAAAAUGAGGAGUAAAAGGAAUGAAAAUUCGAGAGGAGAGAAAGCAACUAAGUUGGAUGACAUGAUUAGGACAGGUGUCAGUGGGGUGGCCAAUGUGUCUGGUAUGAUGGUUGAAAUUGACGAGACGAAUGAUUCAAAGAACAAGCUUAAAAAAAAGAUGGUAGACAGCAUAUUACAAAAAUAUAUAAAUUUAAAGCAGGAAGAAGCGGCUUCAAAGAGAGAGUCCAGAACUCACUUUUCAGAUGAGAUCCUGAAUGUGGAGGGAAGAAUGUUCAAAAUUGAUAUUAUAAAUUUCUUAAGGAAUAUAAGAACAGACGAAUCCAUUCAUCAAGAUAUUCUAUUUUUUUUUGAUACAUAUGAAAAAAAAUUAAAAAAAAAGGAAAAGAAAAAAAACAUACUAACAUUAAUUAAGAGGUUAUUCAAAUGUGAAUACUUCGAAUUGAAUGGCAUGCAAUUAGUCUUACAAAUUUUCGAUAAAAUAGCGGAAAAAUUGGUGAAAGAAAUUAAAUUGGAGAAAAUAGUAAGGUGUUUCGGGGAGACGAAGCGCAGAAAUGACGACUAUGAUGCAGGUGAGAAAUCAUUACACGGGAGAAAACAAAAACAUCAUUACAAUCAGCAGCAGCAGAAGCUGCAUCAUCAUUAUGGGACUAAUUCAGGAAAAAUUAAAAAUUUAUACAUGCCAGAUGAGCUCCUGCGUCUUAAUGAAUGGAGAAAAAAAUUGUGUCAUAUAAUUUUUAGCAAAAGAAAAGGAGGAACAUAUGGAUCAAAUCCUUAUCCCCUUUAUUUAUUUCAACAAUGGGAUGAUAAUGAUAAGUUGAUUAUGCUGCGGGAGAAGUUGGAGGAAAUUCAAAAAAGGAAGUUGCUUCUUCUUUCUGAGAACAGAAAUCCUUUAUGGUACAUAGAAUUUUUAAAGAAUAAAAUAAUGUGCAACAUGUGUAAUAUAUCUUGUUGUCUGUCUCCCACUUUAUCUUUUUCUCUCGCUUCUUCUUCUUUUCGUGGCAGCAAUUUCUCUCAUAAUAAAUUUGUUCCGCUGUUCCCUAAGCGUAUGCCAUAUAAUGUUGGUUAUGCAUUGGAAAGCAAUAUCCACGGGAUGCACACUUUGAACGAUGCAAAAUUGUUGAUGAGAUUCCCACAGGAUUGUCAUAUGAAAGUUGGUGAUGCGUCUCGUGUGCUUGUAUCCAAAUAG